UAAAUUUUGCUGGCAUCGGAGGGUUAAGCGAACAAAUUCGAGAGCUUCGAGAGGUUAUAGAGCUACCAUUGAUGAAUCCAGAACUUUUCCUUCGUGUGGGCAUUAAACCACCAAAAGGUGUUCUCUUAUAUGGUCCUCCAGGAACUGGUAAAACCCUCUUGGCUCGCGCUGUGGCUAGCACUCUGGAAACGAAUUUUUUGAAAGUGGUUUCAAGUGCUAUUGUCGAUAAGUAUAUCGGAGAGAGUGCGAGAUUAAUCAGGGAAAUGUUUGGUUACGCUAAAGAUCACGAACCUUGUAUCAUCUUCAUGGAUGAGAUUGAUGCAAUUGGUGGGAGACGAUUUUCCGAAGGUACCAGUGCAGAUCGUGAAAUUCAGAGGACUCUUAUGGAGCUUCUGAAUCAAAUGGAUGGUUUUGAUUAUCUCGGACAAACGAAGUUAAUCAUGGCUACUAACAGACCGGAUACUCUGGAUCCCGCUUUAUUACGACCUGGGCGAUUGGAUCGUAAAAUCGAGAUUCCAUUACCCAACGAAAUAGGACGUCUCGAAAUUUUAAAAAUACAUUCAGCGCCAAUAACCAAACAUGGUGAAAUUGAUUACGAAGCCAUCGUGAAACUAUCUGAUGGAUUUAAUGGAGCUGAUCUGCGUAAUGUAUGCACAGAGGCAGGUAUGUUUGCUAUUCGUGAAGAGAGAGAUUACGUUGUUCACGAAGAUUUUAUGAAGGCUGUUAGGAAGGUCGGAGAUGCUAAGAAAUUAGAAUCAAAAUUGGACUAUGAAAAGUUAUAG